GCUCUGAGCUGGGUUCUCCUCUUCAACUGUUGCAUGUCCCGGAGAAUCCAGGUGUCUCUGCAGCAGCUUCUGUCACCCUGUGACCUGCAGGUCCCGGGAGAUUUGUAGGGAGGACGCCGGGACAUCCCAGUAGCUGGGAAAUGGGACUGUUGACAUUCAAAGACGUGUCUAUAGAAUUCUCUGUGGAUGAGUGGGCCUGCCUGGACCCUGCUCAGCAGAAUGUGUAUCGUGAUGUCAUGUUAGAGAACUACAGAAACCUGGUCUUCCUAGGUCUUGCUGUCUCUAAGCCAGACCUCAUCACAUGUCUGGAGCAAAGCAAAGAACCCUGGAAGGUGAAGACACACCAGACAGUAGGCAAGCACCCAGCUAUAUGUAGUAUUUCUACUCAAGACCAUUUGCAAGAGCUGGGCACAAAUAUUUUAUACCCAGAGAUAACACUGAGAAGAUAUCAAAGCUGUGGCCUGGAGAAUGUAAACUUAACAAAAGACUGGGAAAAUGUGUAUGACUGUGAGAAACAGCAGAAAAUAUGUGACAGUGGACUUGAUCAAUGUUUAACAACUACCCAUGGCAAAUGCUUCCAAUGUAGUAAAUGUUUGAAAGUCUUCAAAAAAUUGUCAUACUUAAAUGGACAUAAGAUGAUAUGUACUGUAGAAAAAACUUUUCACUGUAAAAGGUAUGGGAAAGCCUUUAAUCUAUGCUCAUGCAUUACUGAGCACAAGAUAAUUCAGCUUGGAGAAAAACAGUACAAAUAUAAAGGAGGUAGUAAAGCCUUGAAUUCUUAUUCAAGUCUGUCUAAGCAUAAGAGACUUCAAACUGGAGAGAAACUCCACAAGUGUGAAAAUUAUGACAAAUGUCUGAACCACAGGUUACAGUAUUGUAACCAUGAGAGUAUUGAUACUGGAGAAAAACCCUACAACUAUAAAGAAUGUGACAAACUUACCAACCAGUACUCACAUCUUUCUGGACAUCAAAUAAUUCAAUCUGGAGAGAAAACCUACACAUGUCAAGAAUGUGGCAAAGCCUUUAACCUUAGUUCAACCCUUACAAAACAUCAAAGAAUUCAUUCUGGAGAGAAACCCUAUAAAUGUCAACAAUGUGGCAACACCUUUAACCAGUACUCACAUCUUUCUAGACAUAAAAGAAUUCAUUCCGGAGAGAAACCCUACAAAUGUGAAGAAUGUGGGAAAGCCUUUAACCGGUACUCAAGCCUUUCUGUACAUCAAAGAAUUCAUUCUGGAGAGAAACCCUACAAAUGUCAAGAAUGUGGCAAAGCCUUUCACCAUUACUCAGGCCUUUCUGUACAUCAAAGAAUUCAUUCCGGAGAGAAACCAUACAAAUGUCAGCAAUGUGGCAAAGCAUUUAACCAUAGUUCAACCCUUACUAAACAUCAAAGAAUUCAUUCUGGAGAGAAACCCUACAAAUGUCAAGAAUGUGGCAAAGCCUUUAACCAGCAUUCAAGCCUUUCUGUACAUCAAAGAAUUCACUCUGGAGAGAAACCCUACAGCUGUCAAGAAUGUGGCAAAACCUUUAAGCAGUACUCAAGUCUUUCUGUACAUCAAAGAAUUCAUUCUGGAGAGAAACCCUACAAAUGUCAAGAAUGUGGCAAAGCCUUUUACCAGUACUCACACCUUUCUAGACAUAAAAGAAUUCAUUCUGGAGAGAAACCCUACAAAUGUGAAGAAUGUGGCAAAGCCUUUAACCGGUACUCAAACCUUACUGUACAUCAAAGAAUUCAUUCUAGAGAGAAAUCCUACAAACAUGAAGAAUGUGGCAAAGCCUUUCACUUCAGUUCAGCCCUUUCCUUACAUCAAAGAAUUCAUUCAGGAGAGAAACUAUACAAAUGUGAAGAAUGUGGGAAAUCCUUUAACCAGUACACACACCUUUCUGUACAUAAAAGAAUUCAUUCUGGAGAAAAACCCUACAAAUGUCAAGAAUGUGGCAAAGCCUUUAAUCGUAGUUCAACCCUUACUGAACAUCAAAGAAUUCAUUCUGGAGAGAAACCCUACAAAUGUCAACAAUGUGGCAAAGCAUUUAACCAUAGUUCAACCCUUACUGAGCAUCAAAGAAUUCAUUCUGGAGAGAAACCUUACAAAUGUCAAGAAUGUGGCAAAGCCUUUAUCCGUAGUUCAACCCUUUCUGUACAUCAAAGAAUUCAUUCUGGAGAGAAACCCUACAAAUGUCAACAAUGUGGCACAUCUUUUAAUUGGAAGUCAAACCUUUCCAGACAUAAAAGAAUUCACUCUAGAGAGAAACAUUAUGAAUAUGAACUUAUGGGAAAUCCUUUUAUUAACAUUCAAACCUCACUGUAGAUAAAAUAAAUCAUACAGGGGAGUAAGCCUAGAAGUAUGAAGCAUGCAGAAGUACUUUUACCUGGUGUUCAUAACAUGCUGAGCAUAAAAAAAUUCACACUGGUGAGAAAUCCUACAAAUGGGAACAGUGUGCCAAUGCCUUUUACUGGAAUUCAAACCUUACUGCACAUAAGAAAAUUCAUAUUGAAGUGAAAUCUUACAAACACAAAUAACAUGGCAAGGUUUUCACUGGUCCUCAGCCCUUAGUAAACAUAAGAGAAAUGACACCAGGAAUAAUUGUAACACUAUGAAGAUGUGGCAAAGCCUUAUGCCAGUAGUUACAAUUUUUUGUACACAAUAGAAUUCAUGUUGAAGAGAAACUCUACAUAUGUGAAGUACUUGAUAAGUUUUUAACUUGUGCUCAAACCAUUCUACAUAUGAAAAGUUUGUAACAGAGAAAACCCUUACAAAUGUGAAGAAAGUGUCAAAUCCUCUAUCCAGUGCUCACACAUUUUAGUGCAUAACAGAAUUCAUAGAGACAUUCUAUUUAUGUGAAGAAUGUGACAAUAUUUUUAAAUAUUACUUAUACUUUUCUAAUUAUUACUCCUCGUAAGAAAUACUGUACAAAUGUCAAUCAUGACUCAAAGCCUUAAAGUUGUAUUUAUCCUGUUAGUAGGUCUAAGGAGAGACAGGGGCAGAUGAUACUAGGAGAUUCUUUGUGCAUGAUAAGAGGAACAAAUUGACCAGAGAGGUCCUCCAAGAAAGAAAAACUGGCAUUUAAAGAAGGCUUCCAAAAACUGGAUUGAUGUUUGCUCUACAAAGAUGACUCUCAGGUGGAGAGGCCACAAUGUAGAGAUCAUGGGCAAAGGCGCAAAAAGGAUUCUUUUGAGCAUGGAUACAAGUAAGGUGCCAGUAGCCUCAAGUGAUCUAUUUUAUUAACAAAGUAAAAUUUACACCAGUUCUAUCACAGUUUAAAAAUACACUGAUAAUUUCUUGAAAUUGCCUUACAGGGAUACAAAAUGGGAAGAUUCUAUAUUCUGGAAGUUUUCCCCUUUUCCAGGAAAAAUCAUUAAUAUUUUAUCCCCACACUAAUUAAUAUGGAAUUGGAAAAACCCAGGUUCUUCUCCACUUGAAAAUGUAGAUGUGUUCCUUCUCUGGAAUGUAUAGUCCUUUAGCAACCUUUUCCAUUUGCAUACAUGUAUCUACUUGUUCUUCUCAUUUGUUCCACUGUCUUGGUACCAGUAACCAUUCUUUGCCAUUUGAAACAAAAAACAGGGAACAUAUACCUUAACAUGCGGUCUCCAUAUGUGCAUUUUGAUACCAUAAUCUAGGAGGAAAAUGUACAUCUUCAGCAAGAUAAGCUAAUGGAACAGUAGACAUUCUGAAUUCACGCUGCUUUCUGCAGGUUACUUAUUACACCUACGUCUCUCUCACUAUCUUUGCUUUCCAGGUAAUGUAUCUCAUUACCUGCACCUGCUCCAUCUCAUUGUUUUUUUCUUCUCUAUCUCCACAAUGUACUUCAUCCUCCCACCUAGCCCUGACAUUCAAAGACAAAAAGUAUACUCAGUCUCUACAAGCAGAAUGUGAAACCAGAUUUUUGUGGUCUUGAUAACCAGAAUGGGGAUGAAGGAGCAGUGAGAGAAAACCAGGCCAGCAGCAGGCCCCCGAGAGAAGAAGGAAGCUUUUGGAAUGGUUUCUACCACUGUGGAAAAAGGUUGUCAGACACUGAGUUUCUCUAGAGGCCCAGGGAAGAAGACACCAGGCCUGAGUUCUUCCCUCACUAUGAUUGUGGGUUUCUGGAGUAAGAAGUGGCUCAGGAAGGGGCCUCUGCUGGGACCAUGAUCUCACUACUAGAGAAAUAUAGUGAAAGUGACAUUGCCCUCUCCGGGAUACAGGAGAUCACACUCACCUCCCAGACCCUGUGAAAUCCCUGAAACAGCACUGACCUUCUGGAACUCUUUCAGUCUGAUGGACACACUCCAGCUUUGGUACAAGCUUUACUUUUUGAUGCUGUGAUGACUGACUUUGGGUUAGUGAUUUCUCUCUGUUAAAGAAAACAAACUGAUGUUCAUAACAUUAGAGCCACUCCUCUGCUCCCUUUGGAUAUUCGGGGCCUCUGUUCCCGCCUCCUAUAUCUGUUCUAAGAAUGGAACGUAAAAUACAAACCUUGUGUAAAGUCCUUCUUCUCACUGGUUGAUGUUUUUAUCUUUUUGUUGCUUGCCAACUGCCCUACCCCAUUGUUAGAAUGAAGUUGUAACUUUUGCUUAGAGACCUAAAUCCUUUAAAACCACAGGUCUCCUUCCCAGACCUUGAAAAGAAAAGACUUAACUGGGAUGUAAUUUUCUUUCAAAAUAGAAGAAAAAUUAAAAGUAUAAGGAAAAAGUAUGUAGUAAAGAGAUGUGAAGAAAAUCAUGAAUGUGAAGAAACAGGUGGUAAGGAACAUUGAAAGAAACGGGAAUAAUUUUGUGUGGGACAAAAUCUAAUAUAACAAUGUUUGUCCUAAAGUAAGUCAUUGUUUAAGAAAGUCAUGGGACUUGGCUCGGCGCCUGUAGCUCAGUGAGUAGGGCGCCGGCCACAUACACCAAAACUGGUGGGUUCAAGCCCAGCCAGGGCCUGCUCAACAACAAUGACAGCUGCAAUCAAAAAAUAGCUAGGCAUUGUGGUGGGUGCCUGAAGUCCCAACCACUUGGGAGGCUGAGGCAAGAGAAUUGUGUAAGCCCAAGAGUUGGAGGUUGCUAUGAACUGUGACACCAUGGCAUUCUACCAAGAGCAAUAUAGUGAGACUCUCAAAAAUAAAAACAAAAACUAAAAAAGUCAUUGGACAAACAUAGGCUUCAGCAUGUCAAAAAUGUUCUAUGUAAGGCAUAAUAUUUGCAAAGGUGAAUUUGUAAACAUUUUGUAUGUGAAAAAGUUGUCCUAACUGAAAAAGGGAUCUCUAAUUAAAACAACAAAGUGUUCUUUUUGUUAUCAGAAGAAGUUUUGUUUAAAACUUCUUCCAAUUCCUUGUGAAUAUAUUGAAAAUGAUAAACAAAUUAUAUCAAAUAUUCCAUGCCAAUCAGCCACUGUAGAGUUAAAAUAAAACUGCCUCUAUUUUAUUCUGCUGGUCUAAAGCUGUAUUUCUCUAGUUAUGGGUGUUGAGACCAAGGCGAUUAAGAACAAGAUGAUGACCUUCAUUGCUACUCAAGGUCAUCAGUUACUCCUUUGAAACUUAAGGAAAAAAAGGAAUCAACUUUAACCUUUAAAAUACCAGCCU